AUAAAACAUUAAGUGAUAUUUUGUGACUUUUGACCUUGAGUGCUAGUAUGGGAACAAAAACUUGAUUUAGUGCUAUUUUUGUCUUUUUCUCGUAUAUAAAUCGUACCAAACUAUAUUCCCAAUCAUACUACAUACUUUAACGAAGAAAAACGUUGGCUUCAGAUAAUUAAAUUCGUCUUUAUUGUUGUUAUUUAAUUUGGUUUUCUUUGGUUAUAUAAUCCUGUUUAAGUCAUCCGCCUAUUUUCUUUGGUGUCUUUAUUUCAAUUUGGUCCUUUUCAAAAUCCGGUCUGGUUAAUGUCCGAUAAACCGAAACUUAAUCUAACUCCCGCCUUUUUCUAGGCGUUGCAGGGGACAUCACCGGAGUUUGUUACGGCCGCUACGGCAACAACCUCCCAUCUCCGGCAGAUACAAUAGCUUUAUACAAGAGAAACAACAUCGACGCGAUUCGUAUGUACGAGCCCUUCGCCGAUAUGCUCGAAGCUCUUCGCGGCUCAGGUCUCUCCGUCGCAUUCGGUCCACGAAACGAAGCGAUCCAAUCCCUAGCCCAAGACCCCGCCGCCGCAACUAACUUCGUCGCCACAUGGAUCCUCCCUUACAAAAACGACGUGGCAAUCAAAUGGAUCACGAUCGGGAACGAAGUCUUCCCAGGAGACAUCGCUCCGUUCGUCGCCGCCGCGAUCAGAAACGUCAACACAGCGUUGACAAACUACGGCGUCUCAGGAAUCGCUGUCACGACGGUUGUAGCGAUGGGCGCUUUGGAGAACUCUUAUCCUCCUUCCGCUGCGAGUUUCCUCCCGGAUCUGACCGAGAUCAUGACGGAGAUCUCAUCGAUCCUCUCCCAGACGAACUCGCCUCUCAUGGCGAAUAUAUACCCGUACUUCGCGUACGCGUCAGAUCCGAAGGAUAUCUCUCUCGAUUACGCGGUUUUCAAAUCAAACACUCCUGUAGUGAUCGACGGAGAUUUGAAGUACAGCAACAUGUUUGUGGCGAUGGUUGAUGGAUUCAACGCGGCGUUGGAGAAGAUCAAUGCUAGGAAUGUGGUGGUGACGGUGGCCGAAUCUGGGUGGCCUACGGAAGGUAAUCCACCGUACACGAGUGUUGAUAACGCGAGGGCGUAUAACUUGGGGCUCUUGACAUGUGGAGGAGCUACCCGGAUGCGGACGCCUCGUCGACCGGAGACUACGGUGGAUGUUUUUUUGUUUGAGAUGUUUAGGGAGAAUCAGAAGCAAGGUCCGGUGGAGCAGAGCUUCGGGAUGUUUUCACCUGAUAUGACUCCAGUCUACACUCUCUUUUGUCCCGCUUGAUUUUUAAAAACUAGCAUGUUGAUAAUAAUUUAAUAAUUUAUAGUUACUACUUAGUAGUAUUUGUUUAAGCACUUUGGUUUAGAACAUUUAUUUGUGCAUUUGCUUCUUGUAACUACAUUUUCUUUUGGUGAUUUAUGAAAAUAAAAUGGUCAGGGUAAGAUUACUGAAAAGAAUGCAAAUUAAUCAAAAGAUUCAAAACUUAGUAACUACAAAUGAAAAGACAUACCAAUAUUAUCAUUUAAAAUAUAUAUAUAUAUAUAUAAUAUAUUAUUUAUAUAAAUUCGUUUAAUCGAGAAAUCAGUUUUGGUUACAAACCCGCUUUGAACAUUUUCUGAAAAGAAAAGUAACAGAAUAUAAAAACCUGAAAUCUAAAACCAUAUUUUGCAAAUAUCUCAUUACUUUAACUAUGUUUUCUGAAAACAUUUUCUGUUGUGCGCAAUGCAAAAAGGUUUAUCAUUUGAUAGCAUCUUCAUAUCAUUUGAUAGCUAUAAGAUUUACCAACGCAUAUUUUCUAUGUCACUUCAUUACAUAAUUCAUCAAAAACCAAAAUAAAAACACACACUAUUACACUAACAUAUGGAGGGGUGUAUUCAAUCAAUAAUUUGAACUGAUUUGGAGUGAUUUGGAUUUUAAUGAGUUUUAAAUGAUUUAAAGUGAAUUAGAGAAUUUUCCAUGAUUUUAAACCAUGUAAAUGUGAUUUUUUAUUAUUUUUAACUAAGAAAUUCCAUCAAAACACCAUAAAAUUAGUAGAUAACUUCUAAAAUACAUAUAGUAAAAUAAUAAUUCCAAUAACACUAGAUUCUGAAAAAGUUUUAAAAUUCAUGAAUAAGAAUGGAUUUUGAAUUUUUUUUUUUUUAAAUUCACGAAUAAUAAUGGAUCUUGAAAAGGUUUUUAAAAUUCAUAUAAUGGAUUUUGAUUUAUUUAUUUUUAAAUCAUGAAUAAUAGUGAUUACUUCAAAAUUUUGAAUAUUGUUAUAAGAUAAACUUUGAAAUGAUCCUCCACUCCUUUACCAACUCAAGCACUAUGAUCAUCUACUCAUCAAGCACUAUGAUCACCCACUCAUUUACCAAAUCAAGCACGAUCUUUGAUAUAUUAUGUAUUGUUGCUCACUAUAAAUAUCAUCACUCAUCUCACUCUUUUGUACACCA